UUAGUUUUUUUUUGGUGCGAAAUCGGAAAGAUGCUCAAAGUUCCGGUCAAUUCUCCUCCUUCUUCACCCAUAGAAAAAGAAUCCUUCUCCUCCGAUGUCGAACACGUUAAGGGAUAUCGUGGGAUAAAAGCCAUUGGUUGUACUCCCGCUGACGAACUCAUAGCAAAGGUGGGACUCCAUUGCUUCAAUUCUCACAAGGGGACUAAUUUACAGUUCUUGACUGUAACCCAACUCUUUCUGCGAACGGUUUCACAUGUCAGUUAUACUAUGACAUUGGAUGCCUUUGAUCCAGCCAACCAUUCUAUUCAUAGUAUCGACACCGGUGUUUGGGAUGCUUCUCACCGGAAUGGUGAGAACUUGAGAUUAAUCACCACUUAUUGCAUACCUACAGGAUCUGACGAAAGCUGUCCCCAAUGGGACCCAAAUGGUGUAGACGUGCUCUAUACUGGUCUGAUGCCUAAGUGGCUAGAUGAUGAUGCACUUACAGGAAGCGAUAAGCUACACUUCUAUGAGGUUAAUGAUUCGGAUUUGCAAGAGAAUGCAUGGCUUCAUCUAUAUGCUCAAGUUGCUGCAUACUCUAGGUGGAAUGUUUACAUGGUGGAUCAUCUCCCAUUGGAGAUAAAGAAAGUGGUGGUACAAACAAAAGAAGACAUAGAGUCAAGUUUGAAGUUGAAGUCGAGCAAUGCAAUCUUCUACUUAAGUUUCAAGACCCGUGGAGGUGCCGAAUACAGAUCCAUAAUAAGGCAAACGAGGGAUGGAAGACCACAACACAUGUGCCUUGAAGUUAAAAACGUUGAGAUGGACAAGUAGACACAUGUUGUGACUUUGUUAAUAUAUCAUGUUUAUGACCUUAAUUAGUUGGGUUGGGUGGUGGUAUUUGUGUUUGUCCUUGCGACUUUUAAUAACUAAAAGAGAGUUGUAUUGAGAGUGUGUUUGUUUACCUCUGAAUGCUAUGUUUUUUUUUUUUUACUUAAUUAUGUCUUCAAGACUUUUAAGCUAUGUUCAACUUGCCCUGUAUCUCUUAAGCGUACUUACUUUGUCAAAUGGCUUGGGAAGACUACUUUAGGUUUAUCUUAUGGGCUCACGAUUAGUGAGGCUUUGAUUGCUCCUGCAAUGCCUAGUACUACAGCUAGAGCUGAUGACAUUCUGAGAAACAAAGUUUGGUACGGAUUUGAUGUUAUGUGUUACACUCGAGCCAUAUCUUCUGCAGUUUCUUCUUCUUCUUGUGGAAGGAAAAGAUCUAUGUGGUUUUGGAUCAAGCUUUGUGUGGUCUUUUCUUCACGAUUCUAUCUGCUUUGUGAAAACUAGGGAGCUCAUGAUUAGAUUAGGAUGCUAGAUGGAAGUUUGAAGCUUGAAGUCUCUCAUUUAUCAAUGCAUGACUUACAUUUUUCCUCUAUUGCCUGCUGCUCAGAAAGCACUUGUCUCCAAUUCACGCGAUUCCUUAUCAACCCGAACUCUUCAUUCUGAGCUCAUUUACAAUUACUCUGAAUCUAAGCAUGUAAGAACAAUCUUUUAUGGUGCUUCUUUAGCCAUUCCUGUCUACUUCUUGUCUACUUCUGAGAACAGUUAGUUGAGUAUUGAGACUUGAGAGUCUCUCCUUAAUCAAGUUCUAUUGUUCAAGCUUUUAGCCUAGGACUUAAUGCAGCAGGUUCUAGCUGUUCUAGCUGUUGUGAGUUGGUUAGAGAAUAGUUACUUGAGUAUUGAGACUUGAGAGUCUCUCGUUAAUCAAAUUUCUCUGGUUUGGUGUUGCUCAUUUCUUUCUUCAACUAGAUUACAGAAUCAUUAAAACGAUGUGGGAUUUCUGAAAAUUCUACUUACAUGCCAUUGCGUCUUCAUAGCUAGAAAAAUUAAGGAGUUUUGUAAACCAUUGUUUAGUUCAAAUUACUGAUGGUUUCUACUUCAGAUGAGUAGUAAUUAAGGAGUUAUUAUUGUUUAGCACUAGACCAAGUAAUGAGGGUGUGAUACUGGGGGAGAGAAUCAAGUUUGUCUCUUUUUUUUUUGUCUCGAAUAUCAAAAUAGCAUUUUCUGUUACGCAUAUUUAAGAAUGUUACGUUUGAUUGCCACACUGGUGGGCAGAAAAGCUUCAGACAUCUCGCUUACCUGAAAUGGUUUUUGGCGAGAAUGCAUUAGUCCUGUUGAAGUUCCUGCUGCAGCACAAUCGAAAUUUAGAGGUGAGUUUCAGGGUUUAAUUGACAAAUGUAUUUGGUGUUCGCACGUCUAAAAAGAUAUAUUCUUCGUUUCAAUAUGGGAAACUCUGCUUGUACAUAGUUGUAUCACUCUGAUCUACUUCCCACCACUUUGGGAAGAGAACAUACAAAAUUCUCCAGGAAAAGAACAAAAAGCCAGGUUGAUUUGCUGAAUAACCAAUCAGAAAAACAAAGCGCUCAUCUCCAAGAAAGACUAAAGAGCAGAGAUGAAAUUUGCAGCAAUCUCCAGCAAAAGGUCAAAGACCUAGAAUGUAAGCUCCGGGAGAGACACCAAUCAGACUCUGCAGCUUAACACCAGAAGGUUUCAUGAGCUCGUUUGUGUGGCAACAGAAGAUUAAAGAGUUGUAGAGAAAACACAAAGCCGAGCAAAGUCAUGAAGCAGUGUUACUACAACAGAAGGUUUGUUACAUGGAUUGUCUCAAGAUUUUGUAGCUUCUGAUUCCCCAUAUCGUUUUUUAAGUGUUCAAACAAUUGGUUUUGUUUAUUUUUGCAACUUGAAAUGAGGCUAAAGGAGCAAGAUCAGUUAUCUA